ACCGCGCGCCGAGGCUCCUUAGCCGCGCGCCGAGCGGUUGAUCGCCGUAGCCACCGCAGCCUGCGCUCCUCACUCUGUGGCUCCAUCCGCCAUUGUAGGCCAAUAAUCCGUUAUGGAGCAUGCCUUUACCCCGUUGGAGCCCCUGCUUUCCACUGGGAAUUUGAAGUACUGCCUUGUAAUUCUUAAUCAGCCUUUGGACAACUAUUUUCGUCAUCUUUGGAACAAAGCUCUUUUAAGAGCCUGUGCUGAUGGAGGUGCCAACCGCUUAUAUGAUAUCACCGAAGGAGAGAGAGAAAGCUUUUUGCCUGAAUUCAUCAGUGGAGACUUUGAUUCUAUUAGGCCUGAUGUCAGAGAAUACUACGCUACUAAGGGGUGUGAGCUUAUUUCAACUCCUGAUCAAGAACACACUGAUUUUACUAAGUGCCUUAAAAUGCUCCAAAAGAAGAUAGAAGAAAAAGACUUAAAGGUUGAUGUGAUCGUGACACUGGGAGGCCUUGCUGGGCGUUUUGACCAGAUUAUGGCAUCUGUGAAUACCUUGUUCCGAGCGACUCACAUCACUCCUUUUCCAAUUAUAAUAAUCCAAGAGGAAUCGCUGAUCUACCUGCUCCAACCAGGAAAGCACAGAUUGCAUGUAGACACUGGAAUGGAGGGUAAUUGGUGCGGCCUUAUUCCUGUUGGACAGCCUUGUACGCAGGUUACAACCACAGGCCUCAAGUGGAACCUCAAAAAUGAUGUGCUUGCUUUUGGAACAUUGGUCAGUACUUCCAAUACCUAUGACGGGUCUGGUGUUGUGACUGUGGAAACUGACCACCCACUCCUCUGGACCAUGGCCAUCAAAAACUAACCUGUCAACUGGCAUCCAUAAGUGUGCCUCUGCCUUAUCUCAUUUCUCAACGGUUCAUUGCUCAACAAGAACGAUUCACCUGGGUUUGCAGGAAUCUAAACCUCUCUAGGGGAAGCCCACUGGGUUUAAAGAUGUUAGUGUUUAGAUAAUACAGGUAACAUAAAUGGCAGAUCUCAAUUUUAUAGUAGUGGGAAAGAUACAUGCUAAGAAAGCAAAUAAGCUCCGUUACAUUUGAUUGGAACCUAAUGGGAAUCAUUCCACUAUACAAUUCAGAACUGAUGAUUAUUCUUAUGUUAUUAAUCAUUCCAUUUAUCCUAGAAAAUUGUUUUUAAUUUGAAGCAGAGAUAAUUGUUGAGGUUCCUCUUGGGAGUCUAGAACAUCCUUAAAUGUCUAACAACAAGGGCUACCUCUGAGUACCUUUUAGUAUUAGUUUUCUGUAUAAGAUAUAUAUUAUCUUCUACUGAAAAAUAAUUCCUUUCAGAUUGGGGUGUUGUAAGUGCACCAGGUCACUCUGACCUUAUUACUGUCUUUGGUAUUGUCUUUUUUAAAUAAAUCAAGAAUCACUGACCUAAUUGUUAAAUUUAAAAAUAGGUAGUUAUUAUAAGCAAAGAGAAAUGAUGUGAAAGAUAAAUGAUGAUCCAUGGAGCCCUACUCACACAUUAACCCCCCCAACAUCACAACCUAGGUGGAAAAAGCUGUGUAGAGGAAACAAGCAUAAAUAUCAAAUUCGUUUCUGACAUAGCUUAGACUGAAAAACUGUUGGUUCAAAGACCAGAAGUGUGCUCACAUUACCAGAAAAUGAGUUUGUCUAUGGGGAUACAUGAACACCAUACACUAAGGAGCCUAACUCCAAAGCCUGCGUUCUCAUCCUAGUCUGAUAUUCACCUAAGUUUCCGGACCCCUUUCCUCAGCUGUAAAAUGGAAGCAGUUGGACUGAUGGUGUCUGAGGUUCUUUCCCACACUGAAAUUCUAAAUUUUGACACUUAGCAAUCAUAGGGCUGAUAAUACACAUAGUUACUGACUUAGCCUCAACAACCUGGUGCAUCAAAAUGUAUUCACCUUUCUUUUGUAAAGAGACCAUCUUCUAUCUUCUUUCCACCUUUCUCUAUGUUUUAUGAAACCAACUGUUGACAUACAAAUCAUGAUUGAAGGAGAACCUGUCCAACAUGUUUUAUGUACACAAAUCCCUAUGUUGCUAUAAGAAAAGUGACAGUAACUGUUUUCUUUUUGGUGCUAUGACAGUGUGAGACUCAGGUUGUCUGUAGAGAAUGAAAGAAGCAGUGACCCACGUGGCUGUGGCAUUUUCAGCACUUGUCAUUACUUUCUGCUUGACUGGAAGUUGAGACUCAGCCAUGUUUCCAUCUUCAGUUUCUGAAGACUAGUUAUAUAUUCCUGACUCAAAAUAUAUUCAUAAUAUAUAAAAGAAAUAUAUCUAUGAUUUUAAAAUUGUACUACCAAAGAAUGCAUGUUCUAUUUGUCCUGAAAAUGUUACCAGUGUUAAUAAAUGGAUACUUAUCAAAAAA